ACGGCCGGCCGGCACACGAUUUACCCUAGAAGCGUACUACUCACUCGAUCGAUCUGUACGAUCUCCUUAGCUAGCCACGAGAGAGACGAUCGAUCAUCAUCAUCGUACAUCACCGGCGUCCGGCUGGCUGCUGGAGUGGAUUGGUUGAGAUCGAUUGGCGGCGGUACCUGGUGGCCUGGCCUGUACCAUGGGAGAGCUGCCGCCGGGGUAUCGGUUCUACCCGACGGAGGAGGAGCUGGUGUGCUUCUACCUCCGGCACAAGCUCGACGGCCGACGCUGCCGCGACAUCGAGCGCGUCAUCCCCGUCGCCGACGUCUGCUCGCUCGAUCCAUGGCAGCUCCCAGAGGUGCACCAAGGCGCGUGGACCGGCGACGAGGAGCCGUGGUUCUACUUCUGCCCGCGGCAGGAGCGGGAGGCGCGGGGCGGGCGGCCGAGCCGCACGACGCCGUCGGGGUACUGGAAGGCGGCCGGCACGCCGGGGUGGGUCUACUCGGCCGACGGCCGCCCCAUCGGGACCAAGAAGACCAUGGUGUUCUACCGCGGCCGCGCGCCGGCGGGGUCCAAGACCAAGUGGAAGAUGAACGAGUACAGAGCCUUCGAGGGAGACGACGACUCAGACGCCGCCGCCGCGCAUGCAACUGCCCCGGCACCAAACCCUUAUCUCCAGACGAGGAGCGAGUUCAGCUUGUGCCGGCUGUACACCAGGUCAGGGUGCCCCCGGCAGUUCGAUCGCCGGCCGAGCUCCUCGGUGGCCGCCGCCGGAGGUGGCAGCAGCAGGAACAACCCAGCGCCGUCGUCGUCCACCGCGGCUGCGUUUGCCGACGAGGAUGCUGAAGGGGGGAAGGGUCAGAAGAGAAAAAGGAGCCCACCAAACGACGGCAGUUCGUCCAGCGGCGACGGCGAUGGCUCCAUGCUGCAGCAGCCGCAGCCGCAGCACAGGCAGAGAGGCAACGACGAGGAGCUCGUAGAGUGCAGCACGACGGACUGGUGGGCAGAUCUUCUGGGCUGGAAUUGAUGCAGGAAUUCGAUUCUAGUUAAGGUCGGCCGUGACCUCAAAUAACCGCGGCCGAUCUCUAUUUAUUAUUGCUGAUUUUUCAUAAUCAUUUCGUCGUUCCAAAAUUGAUUUUGAGCAUAAAGGGGCUGAAAAGUUUCGGAGAGCUCAAAGACGUAUACAAUUUUGCACCCAUAACGGAAACUAAGACCGCAGAAAAAAAAACUAAUUGAUUGUAGCAUUUGUUGAAUCAAGCCGUGUUUCUUUGAUGCAACUUUUGACAAGAGAAAUUGAUCAUUGCAAUGCCAGGAACUAACUAUAACAAAAUAAUCUAGGUUUUUUAAGCAGAUAUGAGGAUUGCAAGGAAAAGACUAUAGUGUCAUUUAAUAAAUGAGAAAUGUAUGAUGGUGGGAACGUGAGGUACAUGGUAAGUGGGCAUAAAAUAAGAAAAAAAUAAAUAAGAAGUAAUUAAUGUG